ACUGACUUAACAUUACACUCUGUGCUGCCGGUUAAUUUUAAAGUAGGUGUUGCAGCCGCCGAGGAAAUGUAGAGAGCAGAUAUCUUACAAAUCUGUCCAAUUUCAUUUAAUUUCUCAACACCUCAACGACCAUUAAAAUAUUCAGAUUGAAUUCCUAAAUUGUGAUAGCCCUGCAAUAAUCUGUUCUGAAUCAUUCAUUUAUUGUACAACAAUGAAAGAGUGUCACAAAACAUGUCUUUUGUCUCUGGAGUAGAACCUAAGAGAUCUCUUAGUGAUCAGCCAGUGAGUUGAAUUUCGCUUAUAUUAUACAUACUAUGCAGUAACUAAGUAGGCCUACAAUUUCGUUCGUUUGUUUUAUUAAAAAAAAAAGAAAUGGAAGGUAAUGAUGAAAACAACACUACAAGCAUUAUGGAUGAAAAGCAUAAAUUGGAAUCAGACAAGUAUCUUAUAGUUAAGAAAAAUGAUGCGUCCAUAAAUAUUAACAGACAGGAUAAUAAGUCAACAUUCCAUUGUUGUCCAAGAAGAAAUAAAGUGAAACCAAAGUCUGAAAAGCAAGAGAAGAAAGAGAAUAAAUUUAUGUUGAUUGUCAAACUUGUUGGCUCGGUUCUAGAAGAAUCUGAUGAAGGCUACAGUGUCGAAUCUGAACAUAACCUUCGGAAUUUUCUUUUCAAGCUUAUUAAUUUAUUAAAAAAAGAAGAUUGUUGUCUUGUUUUGCCUAAGGGAAAUAACAACACUUUGUAUGAAUUAGUUGAAAGAAUUAGACAAACUGUAACUAAAGAAUAUGAACAAAUUGUGUUUUUAACAGAGAUCUGAGUGUGGCAGACGAACAAGUUGGUCAAUUUGCUCAAACCUAAUAGCGGCUUUUCCCCUUUCGGGGGCCGCUAAAACUCAAAUGCACAAACUAUAUUUUGACUAUCCAAGAUGAGAUUUCGUAUAAAAAAAGUUAUGAAUGAAUGUCUCCUUGUUUACAAUGGAGAUCAUAUGGAUGAGAAAGAACAGGAAGAGUAUAUCAAAAAUAAUAGAAAUAUCAUAAUUUUGAAGGAAUCUAAAAAUUUAACCAGAUUUGAGGAAGCCUUAAAUGAUAAAUCUAGUGACGUACUAAAAGGGAAAGUUCUUUCAAAGAAUUACGUCACAAUGAACAUCAACCAAACAUGGACAGAAACUUCCAUUGCACAGAAGAUAUUACAUUCCUAUUUGGGUAAAGGCACUGCAGAAGAUUUUCUUUUACUGUGCAUUCGGCUGAAUCAGUUAGAUCUUGCAGUUCAGCAUGGUGGACUGUGGAAGUUCAACUCACUGGAGUCUAAGGCUAAGGAUGAGAAUAAGCUCAUAAGAAUACAGAUCGUUUUGUUUUCCAAAAAUCUUGAACGCUUUGACUUUAUCAAAUAUCUUAUACAACAUGGAGUGAAAAUAAAAGACUAUUUAGAGAGAGACGAUAUCCUUGACAAUACAGAGAAAGACAAAACCCAUCUAAAAGAAAUAUAUUUAUUUCAAACAAAAGAUGAACAGGGAGAACAGAAAAAGCAAAAGCUGAGAUGCGAUAACUAUGACAAAACAAAUGAUCAAAGCUCAAACACAGGAAAUGAUUCCAAAGAACGCGAUCUUUACAUCUAUGCAGUCAUAACAGAAAAUUUUAAAUUAGCUGUAUUAUUAUGGAGAACAUUAUCGUUAUUAGAAGAAAGCACAAUAACAUCCACAACUAGCAUAACUGACAACGAAUUUCUAUCACAAUCAAUUGGAAAUUACAACAAAGUAACUGACAAAUUCCAAAAAAGAAAUAAAGAAGAAAAAACAAAAAUACCACCAAAAGAAAGUUGUGACAAGGAAAUUGAAACAGAUUCCACAAAAUACAACAACGAAGAAACUAAAAUACCACCAAAAGAAAGUUGUGACAAAGAAACUGAAACAGAUUCCACAAAAUACAACAACGAAGAAACUAAAAUACCACCAAAAGAAAGUUGUGACAAAGAAACUGAAACAGAUUCCACAAAAUACAACAACGAAGAAACUAAAAUACCACCAAAAGAAAGUUGUGACAAAGAAACUGAAACAGAUUCCACAAAAUACAACAACGAAGAAACUAAAAUACCACCAAAAGAAAGUUGUGACAAAGAAACUGAAACAGAUUCCACAAAAUACAACAACGAAGAAACUAAAAUACCACCAAAAGAAAGUUGUGACAAAGAAACUGAAACAGAUUCCAUAAAAUACAACAACGAAGAAACUAAAAUACCACCAAAAGAAAGUUGUGACAAAGAAACUGAAACAGAUUCCACAAAAUACAACAACGAAGAAACUAAAAUACCACCAAAAGAAAGUUGUGACAAAGAAACUGAAACAGAUUCCACAAAAUACAACAAUGAAAAAACUCAAGAACACUGCGACAUUGGUACCCAGACAGUAAUACCAGAACCAAUGAUUGCAUAUAAAAAAAAAUAUCGUCCAUUGGUGGGCCGAAUUUCUGUUUCACCAGAUUUUCCAUCUACAAAUAGAUGGGUUGUUAAAGGAUUACGAGUUGUGAAACGAAGAGAUAUGAAAGAUAUUUUAUCAGGUUUUCAUAAAAAGAAACAUUCUGGAUACAUUGAAAAAGUAUAUCGCUCUUACUUCUCUAAGCGUAAAUUAAAAGAUAUCAGAAAAGUGUUCAACUUCCCAAAAUGAGCUCUGUAUCCUCUGCUACAACAUGUGGAAUAAAUGGAAAACCUUGAAAAAAUACAAUAUUCAAGUUUAACGUGUAAAAUGUGGAACAUAAUGAAAAUCAUUUUAACAUUAUAAUUUUUAUUUCAAUCGUGUAUUGGAAUGCACAUGUAUAAAAAUAUUGUAUAUAUUAUUUUUGUUUUAUUUGUAUAAGCGUGGUUGAGAGGUAAGUACGCUUGAACUUGGCUUGGCUUGGCUUGUCUACCUAUGUCACCAAGUCACUGGUUUUUCUAGCUAGCUCAGGCAACCCAAUCCAUGCUCUAAUAGCGCUAGGGAAAAUGAGCUUGUGUAGAAAUUUGUCCUAGUUUAUUUUCUCUCUAUAUAAUUAAAAUUGUAUUAAACCUUAAGACAUGACGCAGUACGAUCUGUGAGCUUCAUAGUUUUCACAUACAAAACAAAUAAAACCAUUGUUUGCUGGUCGUCCAUUAAAGUUUUUUUUAAUCUUUUUUUUUCCAGUCUUCGCCGUUAUUGCUUUUUUAUUGGUAGUCUGAGAUCUGUAUCUAGCAACCUUAGUAAAAUAUAUUAAGCUAUCUUGAUAUGAAGCUUUUAUCUAUUAUCUUUGAAGUCAAUUCACGUAUACAUUUGGUGGGGCACAUCUGUUACGCAUCCUUACUUAACAUACACUUGUGGAGCAACAGUCGAAUAUCAGUGACUCUCUACUGUCUACAGUAGAGUUUUUUUUACCGUGGUCUUAAAAUCGAUAGCCUUUAAUGGAGAGUGCACUUCUUUGGUGGAAGUUUUAUUGAUUUUCAGUACCCACGUCUUAGACUUAGAUGAAUUAAUACAGAAAUGUUGAAAAACCACUGUUUAAUAAAAGCUCACUUUUUUACCUAAUUUUUAGCACAUUUUAUAGCAAAUUUUUGUAGCACAUUUUUGUUGCACAUUUUUGUAUCAAAGUAUUCCAUGACAGCCUUAUAAGAAAGCUGCAAAAGAUGAAAAUAACCUUCAACAAUCAGCUAUCUUCCUAUCUCAAAAACAUUACUACUUUUUAUAGCGUGCUACUCUGAAUCAAAACCUCCUUUGCCUUGGAAAAGACUUCGGGAGACAACCCUGAGGAAAAAUCUUAAGCAGGUGACCCUUAGGCAGAUUUUGGCACACCAUGCUACAGCCUGGCAGAGCCUGCGGUGCUACUGAUCGCAAACUGUUUUAUUGCAUGAAUUGUACCUUUCAAGUAGUUUGAGUCUCUAUAAAAAAUUGAAGUGUAAGGCUAUAUAAAUAUAGUAAAAUAUUUUUCUAAGCCUCAAACUCUAUAUGCAUGAUUCACCAAGCAGUGUAUUUAAUGAACACUUAGCCAGAUGACAGUCCAUUCUGUUUCUUCAUAUAUACAACUAUUAUUUUAUAUGCUGUUUUGAUUUAAAUAAAAUUUAUUUGAUGU